AUGUCUGGAGGAAGAAAUCCCAUGGAGGAGGCCUACGAGCGCUUCAGGGCCGUCGCUCAACAGCAGCAGAAGCGCGGCGGCUUCGGCGGUGGCGGCAUGCCUGGCGGCCCUCGCGGCGCUGGCAUGGGACUUGCCGGUCUGGUUCUUUUGGGAGGUGCUGCCUUCGUGGCCCAGAAUGCGCUAUUCAACGUCGAUGGUGGCCACAGAGCGAUCAAGUACCGGAGGACAACGGGUGUGAGCAAGGAGAUCUACAGCGAAGGAACCCACUUGAUCAUCCCCUGGUUCGAGACCCCCGUCACCUACGAUGUUCGCGCGAAGCCCAGAAACGUCGCCUCUCUCACUGGAACCAAGGACUUACAGAUGGUCAACAUCACCUGCCGUGUUCUUUCCAGGCCUGAUGUUAAGGCCCUGCCUCAGAUCUACCGCACUCUCGGCACAGACUACGACGAGAGAGUGCUUCCAUCCAUCGUCAAUGAGGUUCUGAAGAGCGUUGUUGCUCAAUUCAACGCUUCCCAACUCAUUACCCAGAGAGAGAUGGUUGCCAAGUUGGUUCGCGAGAACCUCUCCCGCCGUGCUGCACGGUUUAAUAUUCUGCUGGACGAUGUGUCCCUGACGCACCUUGCCUUUUCCCCGGAAUUCACAGCUGCCGUUGAGGCGAAGCAGGUUGCCCAGCAAGAGGCUCAGCGCGCGGCGUUCGUUGUCGACAAGGCUCGCCAGGAGAAGCAGGCCAUGGUUGUCAAGGCCCAGGGUGAGGCUCGCUCUGCUGAGCUGAUUGGAGAUGCCAUCAAGAAGAGCAAGGCCUACGUCGAGCUGAAGAAGAUUGAGAACGCGCGCGCCAUUGCUCAACAGAUGCAGGAGUCCGGCAGCAAGAACCGUUUGUUGCUUGACUCUGAGGGACUGGGCCUGAACGUGUUUGAUGAUAGCGAGAAGAAAUAA